UCUAAUGCCAGUCCAGUACUUCUUCACAAAGAGGAAACAAAAACAGCCAAACAAAAUGUGCAGCCAGUUCAUUUCUUCAGCCAAACUGCUGGCUCUGAGCUUUAAGCAGUUUUCCAGCUCAGAGAACUACCUAACUGGAAGAAUGUCUCUUUCCACAAGAACUUAACCUAAACUCCGGGAUUUUCUUGUGCACCUUUUUUUUCAAGGUCUCUGCCAAAUGAAACCCAGCAUAUAAUCAUAAGUGAAAAGGCCUUUCCAGCAUUACUUUUAUGCUUUUUUAAACUGAUUCCUGCUUAAACCAUGAAUAGAAGUAUCAAUACUUCCAACUGGACACCCCUCUCUGGGCAAUGCCCCCGAGAUACCAGGACAUCUCAUGUUGUAUUUCCAAUUUUGUACAGCAUUCUUUUCCUUGUGGGAUUUCUACUGAAUAGCGUGGCUGUAGUUGCUUUUUUCCAGAUUCCAACCACUUCAAGUUUCAUUGUGUAUCUUAAGAACACCGUGGUCUCCGAUUCCAUCAUGACUCUCAUGCUACCUUUCAAGAUUCUAACGGACUCAGAACUAGGAUUCUGGCAGCUUAAAGCAUUUGUUUGUCGUUUUUCAGCUGUAAUAUUUUACCAGACCAUGUACAUAAGUAUUGUGCUGCUUGGGCUUAUUUCCUUAGAUAGGUUUCUCAAGAUCAUUCAGCCCUUUGGGAAGUUCUGGUUGCAUAAGAUCACUUCAGCUAAAGUGGUUUCAUGGUCUGUCUGGUUCUUCUUCAUCAUCCUCUCCCUGCCCAAUGUGAUUUUGACAGACCGCGAGACAACAUCUCUCUCAGUGAGGAAGUGUGCUUCAUUGAAAAGUGACUUGGGAAAGAAAUGGCAUGCAGCUGUCAAUUACAUCUGUCAAAUUGUCUUCUAUACUGUGCUGAUUUUGAUGCUCCUAUUUUAUGUAAUUAUUGCUAAAAAGAUUUAUAGCUCUUAUAAAAGAACCAAGAUAGCAGACUGUAAAAUUAAACAAAGAGCCAAAAGUAAGGUGUUUAUAAUUGUAACGGUUUUUUUCAUCUGUUUUGCCCCUUUUCAUUUUGUUCGGGUACCUUAUACUCUUAGCCAAAGUGGGCAGAAUAUGAGUUGUGCUAAACAGAAUCAAUUAUUCAUAGCCAAAGAAAGCACUCUCUGGUUAGCUACUGCAAAUAUAUGUAUGGAUCCAUUAAUAUAUGUGUUCUUAUGCCGUAAAUUUAUAGAAAAAGCAUUUUGUUUUAAAUUUAAAAAUUCCAGGUAUAUAAUUCAAGAAAGUGCAACCCUGGCAUUGGAUACUGGAAUAUCUACAUAGAUGUUCUCUGUAGAUGCAAGUUAUUAAUAGAAAAAGAUUAAAUAAUGUUCCUCUAUGCUUGGCUAAUAUGUCAUUGUAUCUUAAUUACUUGAGUUAUGUAUUUUCUUAUGUGGGAAAAUAGAACUAUGCUUGUUAUCUGCAGUAUUUCAGAAGGAAGAUCACAGUACAUUUCUUUGAGGAACAUUUUUUUCUUAAAUUGAAAAAUAGAGACUAGCUUUGUUUAGUGCCAUACUUUGCUCCACAACAGAAUACAGAUCUCUACUCCAAAGCUUUGGCUUUAGACUGUGUACUUUCUUUGGCCAUUUUGGUUACUAUCAAUUCAUUCAUAUUAAAUGGUAUUUUGACUGGGAUUUUUUUUGAUGUAAUCAUUUUGGUAGCAGAUAAAUAUUUCAGUAUUCUCUCAAGCUUUAA